GACUUGAAUAAUUCUCAAAUUACUCCAAUAGACAUUAAUGGUCUGUCUCAAUCACCCAAUGAGGUUUUACCUUCACUGAACAUUGAUGUUUCAUAUUUAACAUCAGAAUCUGAAACAAGUGUUUUAAAUAUUGGGGCAUCUACAUCGUCAUCACAAGAAACAGUUCAAAGUAUAGCAACUACGUCCUCUUAUAAUACUGCUGAAAAGGGUCCUAAACUUCUGGAUUUUUUGAAAAGUACGACGGAAGGUAGAUCAAUUUUGUCUGCAUAUAAAGACUUGUUAGAUAAUACUGGAAGGAGAAAACUAUGCAAUUUAAUUGUUAGGAGAGAACUACAAGAUAAUCCAGAAACCCGAGUUACGACGCAAAGACUGCUCUUUCUUGCACAAGAAAUUACGGAAGUGUUUACAAAGGAACACAUAAGUACAUAUUUUAUUCCCUACAUAAACUAUGUUCCAUAUCUAAAGAAAGCAGCAAAGGGAAAAUUACUGGAUUGUUUCAACAACCGUAAAAGAGAAUAUAAGAAAGCUGGUUUAAUCCUUACUACUUCAAGACAAAAAUCGUAUAUUAAAUCAAAAUCUGUAUUACUUUUAUCUUCUAAUUGUUCAAAUAUUGAUGAUGAAAGCGUUGAAGAAUCCAUGACAUGGUUUCACAACUCUUGUGAUCCUUGGGACAUAGUAGAACGGUAUUGGUCCAUGACAGCAUCAAAACGUUUAAAAAAAAAUAUUAGAUACAAACUCUAAAGAAAUAUCAGUUUCUAACUAUAUGAAUGAUUUUCCUGCACUCAAAAAACCAUCCGGUUAUAAACUUUUGAUUGAAGAUUUCAACUUUUUGUAAGCUGAAAAAAGGGAAAGUCUUUUUGAAUCAUUUCCUCUAUACAAGCAGAAGAUUUUAGAGCUUGCGAGAAGUGUAUCGAAUAAAUUAAGAGAUAAUUCACUUAAAUGUAUUUUACAAGAAUAUUUAGAUCUAGCACCAGAAAGUGAAGAAGCAUCGUCUGUUGCUGCAUUUUUAGUGUUACCAUUCCUAUUUAGUGCAGUUCCAACAAAAAGAAAGAGAGGAAAGUCUACCU